AGGUUUAUGUCCCGAAAUCGGGUGACCCCCCAGCACGUGUAGUUGAAACCAAGCAAAAAUACAAUGAGAUGAAAGCCCAGGCUGAAUCACAAGGGAAGUCUUACGAAGAGAAUGAUUCUGAGCUGUUUUGCGCGAUGGUCCCGCUGUACAAAGGCAGGCGGUUUGGGAAGGGAUCUAAAGCUGAAGCACUAUCUGAUCUUGAAUGCACCAGCAGGAUAUCGGGGCCGACUCAAGUAGAAAUCGAUUCCCGCAUCAAGGAGCAGCUCGAAGCCCGGUUUGCGCAGCAGGAAAAGCAGUGGCAAACUCAGAUGGCGAACAUGACUUCUGCUUUUACGGCGUACAUGGAGC